AGCGGCCAGACAGAAACUGAAUGAACAUCAGUAGCUGCUUCAUACAGGAACACUUCCAACACUACUGAGAGAGUUUGAAUUGUUUUCCUGAGCUAUCUUCAUCGACCAGCAAUCCAAGAAAAACGUCCUCCACCAUGUUCCCUCAUCUCAAGAUACUUGUUCUCUGUAUCUUGCCUAUGGCAACGGUGUAUGGUGACUCUUAUGAUUGUCAGAUUCAUCAAGACCCUUGUGGUUGUCAAGAUCAUCCUCAAGAAAUCGUAUGCGAGGCUCAAUUUGUCAUCAAAGGCAAGAUUGUAUCUAAGCACUUCACACAGGAGAGAGAUCCUCUAUUUGGUCGUAUUCACACUGCUCAUUACGAGGUGAACAUCACCACUGUCUUCAAGGGGAUCGGUAUUGUAACAUCAGAUAACCUAAUCAUUCAAAGAAGGAUGGAGAAGUGUGAUCGGACAGGUCUGGAUGUUGGAGACAACUACAUUAUCACAGGACACACAGAUUUUAUUACUGGUGAGUUGCGAUCACAUGGUUGCCAGUGGAAUGCCAAAUGGACGAAGUUGACGUCAUUCCAACAGCAAGGUUUAAUCAACGGAGCCUACCUUGAGAACUGCAACUCUUGUGAGAUUUCUACAGAUCUACUCCGUAUGGCGUCUCAUGGCCGUAAGGUGUCAGCAGCCGGAAAAACCUGCACCUUCAACUACAGAAGCUGCGAGGGUCAGGCACAUUACAAGAAAAGAAGUUGUGUCCGAUGUGGAAACCAGCAAGACUGCUCAUGGGUACGAAAUGAUAGAUAUGAAAAUUGCUACAAUACAAACACACUCCCCGAAAUACUCAUCUAUUAGUGCAAACUGUUUUAUGAAAACUCACUUUCGAUGUGAAGAAAUUUACACAUUGCAGGAGCAAUCAACCACUCUAAAUAUUUACAACUUUUUAACCAUAUUUCUUACCAGAUCCAUAUUUCUGAUAUUUUCAUAUUUGUGCUGCCUCCCCCACAG